AUGAAAGCGUCGCAGAGUCGUCAGAAGAGUUACCAUGAUAAGAGGAGGAAAGCACUUGAAUUCCAAGAGGGAGAUCAUGUGUUUCUAAGAGUUACGCUGGUAACUGGUGUUGGUCGAGCUUUGAAGUCUCGAAAGCUCACAUCGCAUUUUGUUGGUCCGUAUCAGAUUACGCAGAAGUUGAGGAAGUACAUUCCAGAUCCAUCGCAUGUGAUUCAGAUGGAUGAUGUACAAGUGCGAGAUGAUUUAACUGUUGAGGUGUUACCUGUUCAGAUUGACGAACGAGAAGCAAAACAGCUAUGA